AUGGCUACUAUGUGGUUCUUUGGAACUGCAUCUGGCCUCACUAAGAAUACUAAAAUAGGGAAAAUCUUGUUUGAGAGUACUAUUCAGUAUAAAGAAAUAGUCAUUGACCAAGUAAAUUCUAUAAUUAAUCAGUACCAAUUCUUUGGAAAUGGUAAGGUGGCAUUUGAAGAUAAUAACAGAGACCAAACACCUGGGUUAGUCAAAAUUGCUUUUGAUCAGAUUGCUGUUUUCAGAGAUCAAAUGCCAAAAAUAGCUAAUAUACGAUUGUAUAAUAGGUUCUUGG